CUCUACGUAAUAUUAAUCGAGGAGAACAUUUAUUAUUUAAAAUUAACAAGAUGACGUGUGUUUUGACCGCUUCCCAUUGAAUUCCGCUUAAUUAAACUCUCAAUCCAAUCUCAAUCCAAUUUCGCUACACUCUCGCGCUCUCCGGGGAUGCGUACUGCGAUCGCUCAUACGCGAGGAGACGCGCGUCUAUUUCCUCUAGCAAACAUUUUGCAAAAGCAACAUCUACCGUAUGCCGCCAACGAAGCAAUAAUACCAAAAAAAAUCGGCCCGGUUCAACCCCCGCCAGAAUCACGUGCAUUUGUUUGUAAAUAAACCUCCAAAAUCGGACGCAACUGCGCCGGCGCACCCAUUUACUGCGAGCGAGCGGAAAUGCUCCCGAUUCCGGACUACACAACUGUCACGAACGAGGUCGGCCAUAUAUGCACGACGCGGCCGCCUCGGUCAAGCUGAAAUUUUGCUCAGAUUCAACAAUUUUUCCAGUAGUGCAGCCAUUACAUCGCCCCGGGUCGGGGGUGCCUUUUGGUUGGGUUUCACUUCGCCGUUUUUCCCCCCGUUCUUUUGUGCUGAACAUGUAAAUUUCGUUUCCGAACUCAUCGUCACCCUGUUACUAUCACCAUGGCGAACGCUUCGUCCACCAACCCGAUCGACGAGGGCCUCCAGGAUCUGGGCGUUCCGGUGCCGGUGCAGACGUUUCUCUGGCAACAGAUAGCCCCCUUCAUUCGGCCGAAACUGGGCAAACUGCACGAGGCCAGCUGCAUGUUCUGUCAACACGCACCCGGACACCAUGAGCUGAAGGAAGCGUGCAAGUCCUUCGAGAAGGUGCUUGUGCAGAACAUACAGUUUGGCCUGUCACCAUCACUAACGUCCGCACUGGAAUCGAUCCCAAGAUGGCGUAUUGUACAGGCUGCCUUACCGCACGUGAUACACUGUGCCGGUGCCCUGAUGCACAACCGUGUCAAAGAUCUACAGGCGCUCGGGUCGGCCGAAACCAAAAUCCUUUAUACGCUGCACUGGAUACUACUGUUUGCUGCCGAAGAAUGUGCAGAUGCCGAAACGGACAAGGAAAAUAAUACGAACAAUUACCUCUUCUCAAUACCAACGAUAUCGCUGUUCGUAUUUUUGUUCGCUCCCAUCGCCCACAUGCUGAAGGAGUCUGACUUUCAAAACUUUCGGCUGGAAAAUGGGCUGAAAAUGUGGCAGGGAAUGUGGGAAUAUCGUGCACCGAAUGCACCUUGCUUCACGGCACCGGUCAAACCGAAGGCACGCAAUUUACUGAACUCGGUUAGCACCACGCCAUCGCCAGAGGUGUUCUCACCAAAGAAAAUGGAAAACAUCGAAUCACCCCCGAGCAUCUACUCUGGCAACAUCAAGCACGAUGACGAGCUGUCGUUCGUAUCGUCUCCAAAAGAUUCCGUCUUUCCGGAAACCAUCCCGGAAGAGGCGUCCAGCGUUGAGGAGGAGCGUGUAGUGAUCUUUCGACUACCGAUGGAUGGUGGCGUACCGGAUCCAUCGUACUAUACGGCCGACGCCAGUCUGCUGCAUCAUGGUGCCAAAUUUAACAAACCAUCGGCACAUCAAACGCCGACCAGCAGCGGUAUUGGCACGAGACCUCAUCCACUGCACCAAUCCGAACAUCGCGGAGAACCUACAAGCUUCGAUUUCGAUAGGAUUGACACGUACAGUAAAGAUUCAAAGCCAAAGACAAGCUCCUCAACAGAGCGGGAGUCCUUCGAUACAGAUCCAAAAAUGUCGCAAGGCCACAAGUGUGAUGUUAUAGCUGCCACCUUUCUGGAUGUAGCCGUACUGCGAUGUUUGUUCAUUUCACACUGGCAAGAAGAAGGUGUAUACUGGAGUUUACACUACCUCUACAAUCGAUUGCGCGACAUCAGCGAAGAAACGUCCGCCCUUCCAUCCCACCCAAGACGACGAUCAAACUCGCUACCCAUACCGCAGAUUGAGAUUUCCCUCUAUCAAGGUCCGAGCAGUAGCCGGGAUAGCCCCAGCAUCGGUUCAGCAAACAAAGACUAUAUCGAGAUACCGGAUCCACCGAUCACUGCCCUGCUGGCGGAUGCUCCGUACUACAUCUCUAAACUUCCAUCCGACGAAUCGUCGCUUGGUCCGCUGAGUGAACGGAAGGGUAGCGAAAAGAAGCGUCGCGUUAAGAUGGCCGAUCUGCGCACAUUGAUCGAAACACGCAUCCUGUCCAAAUCUGAUCGCGGCCUGGAAAAGAUUGGACUCGAUGCAAACACGAACGGGAAGCGUCUUCAACAGAUGGAGUGUCAUCGCAGUUUGGACACGGGCGAACGACAGUUGUCCCGCUCGGCAUCGAUGAUUUCGCGUGCACCAUCAACGAACCUCGUAAAGGGGAAAAGUAUGCCCAGUUUAAGCUGUCUCAUUGAUGGCGGAUGCCACCGAAACAUCGAACCACCGCCGAAGGUUAUCCGUAACGUUCAAUCAAACGUACAGUCGAGACAAUCGAGCACCACGCCAAAGUAUCCGAUUAUUACCGUCACGGAGCACACGCCAACACCAUCACCGGAUUACAUGAAACGACAGGGUUCCAUUGACUCGCAGCUAGACGCACUCAGUGCUGGCGGAAGUACAGGAAUGUUUAAAUCGCAGAUGUUACGAUCGCAUACGGAUUCUCAUAUCGGUUACACAUGCAUCUCGGAUGAAACUGAAGCACCCGGUUCGUGCUUCUACAUCACUAAGGAGGGUACGAUCGACUAUGAGGUCGUUCUGCUGGCAGUGCAUUGUGUGUUCAAGCGUGACUCAAGUGUCUGCACUCUGCGCGUACUGGAAGCGGGUCUCAACAUUUGCGAGAUUCUACUCGAUCUGGGCGUAAUGAAACUGGGUGACCAUGCACAUUCGCUAGCGAUUGGUAUCGUAAAACGAGCAUUCAUGCAUCUCGGUUGUCCGCACGGCUGUAACGAUGCAAACCGUGGCCCACCGGCUGAAGUGUUACGUACCACUUGCAACUCCAUCCUGUCGCGACUGUUGCGCCAGAAUGGGAAAAUCCUUAAGGCGAACUUGCGGGCAUUCAUCAAGGAGUCACCGAUACAUGAGAUUACGGAUUUCUUCCACGCGUAUCUCGGCUUCUGUGUGGAUCCAAGUUCGCUACUGUCACCGUUGAACCAUAAGAGAUCAUCUGGCAUAAAAUCGUUGAACGCUGACUUUGGCGGUAUAUCAGGCGGCCAGGGCGGGUACGCGACCAACUUCGGCAGCGGACUGACCGGAGGCACGGAGAGUCAACUGAUCGGGGCCAUCUUCAAGACGCUCGCCACCCGGCUGGUACAAUCGCUUAAGGAGCUCAAAUCGCAGGACAACCUCUCGCUUUACUGUGACGUCCGGCAGCUCAUCACCUACGUCAAGGGUGCCCACGGUGGUCCAUUCCGUGUGGUAGCACUUAGCGGCAUAUUGGCAGUUACACCACGUCCUCACAAGCAGGCGCCAAACAUGCAAACAACGCGUGUCAUACGCCACCUGCCAACGAACGACAUCCAGCUAUUGCAGCAGGAUGAGAAGGCACAGCGCAAGCUGCUGUUUAAGAAGAAGAGCACUUCCUCGACGUGUGUCAUCGUUCCUUUCCUGUUGCAGCUGUUAGAGACGGAGGGUUUUGAGGAGCCGAGCCGGGCCAGCCAGAGCCCGUUAAGCAAUCUGCGCCGUAAGGGGCCGCAAGUGCGGCCCACCCUUACCCCUCGCCACAGCGAGCGGGCUUUACUAUCUGAUUCUACUUCCAGCUCGGAGCGCAACUCGGUCGGCAGACUGACAGGGAUCGUGCGAUGGUUCCGCCGUUCGAAGGACCGUGAAUCGGUAGACCUGGAGUCGGGCAUACUGGCGGCAAGUGGAUCCGAGUCGAUGGCAAACUUUAUGCGGAAGGGUUCGCUCAACUUUCAGACACGGAACCGUGCGACAGAAGGUAUCGGUAGGUCGAUCCAGAAGGCGAAGCGGCGUCUCAACCGGUUGGGUCUUGGCAAGGGCAAGAAGAAGACGGGCGGUACCGAGGAUGUUGGUGGAAGUUAUUUCAGCAGACGAAGUUCACUUGAUGUUAGUGAUGGACCACGCGAAUCUGAAGUUGUAGUAUUGAAGGAGCGACGUCUAAUCCCAACGUCACCAGUUCGGGAAGGAAUGGCUCGAUUUGCCCUUCUUUUGGAGGUGUGCGCACCUGGCUCAGUUCCGGAUCCCGCACUAAUCACUGCAUUGCUCGAUCUGCCACAAGCUCCGAUUGUUGCUCGAGCGGCCUUCUUGGUCGAGUGUGCCCACUUUGUCCAUCUGUGCAAUCGUGGACAGUGGCCAUCGUGGAUGAAACAAAACUUGCCAGUCUUCAGACCAUCCGGACCGGCAAUGGGAACCCGCUCUGCAAUGGCGGCCGGAACGCGACGUGCUCAUGUUCUGCAACGUGCCGCUGGUAAAAUGUUUCAUCAGUGGGGCGAAGCAUUAGGCGCUCGGUUGAACGAGAUGAUCAACAACGAUAAACUCACUUCAGAGCAGUUGGCAGCUAGUUUGUCUGAUCCUGAAAAGCAGAAGCAAUUGCUGCAACAAGACGAGGAGGAAGAUUUCCUCGAUGAGACAAGCGUCAAUCCACACGGCAACGAUUGUCCACCGGCGCUGAAGCUGAUCGCUUGUGUGCUUUUGCUCGAGAUCACUGCCUUCCUAAGGGAAACGUACCAAACAUUACCGAAGGCAUCGCGACUAUCCACCAAGGAGAAGCACACUCCUUGGGAUAAAGUUUGCCGAGGUGAAACAAAUCGCCGCUGGUCUAUGGCCCUCAGCUCUAUGGGUGGCCAUUCCCAAACUUCAGCGCAGAGUCUACAAUCGAUAGCGGGACAGACGGAGCGAAAGAUUUCGUUCGUACUGCAGGAACCGGACAACGAGUCAGAAAAUAGUAGCAACACAACACUUACCAUUCAGGGCGAGGAGAACGUACAGCAAGGGCAGAAGCGUACGUUGGCUACAUCAAGAAACUUUCUGUUGCGCCGUGGCACUUCAGCUACUCCGGCCGGUGGAUCAUUCAAGCGACGAUCACUGAAGCUACGCCGGGGUGCUAAAGAUCUAAAGGAAGUAGAAAAUGAAUAUCCGGUAAGACGUACCGAUUCCAUUCAAUCCAAACGUAAGGUAUCGUCCCUCUCCGACAGAAGCGAUAACUCCGAACCGGGUCAAAUCAGUGGUGGAGAAGAAUCGCCAGGAAUCUUGAGCGAUGAUCAACCACCGGAAUCUCCAUGCGAUUCGAACGAUUCUGACGAAACAACCAAGAAUCUUCCGUGGCUUAAAUCUGUAUCCAACUUUCUGGGCUCGUUCAAUUAUUAUUGUGAUCAUCAAAACUUUUGUCACCCGUACUGCUACCGGCGGCAUAUGCGUGCUGCUACAAAGCUAAUACGAGCUAUUCGCAAGGUGUACGGCGAUGAGUUUGGGGUUACUCCGGUCACUUACGCCCAGCCGAACGAGUCUGCUAAGGGAACUACCCGUCGCGAUCGAUCCAAGCAAGGUCGCAAGGUGUCGGAUCAGAGCUCGUCUCAGACGUCACCCUCCAAGCGCAAGGACAGCGUAACAAAACGUGAUCGGUAUGUUGCUUCUCGUUGCAUAUUGCUUUCUCAACUUCUUCUAAUGCCUUACUCUCUAUACACCAUUAGGAUCUUGCUGCAAGACGAGUCCGAACCAAACACCUCCCAAUAUUCGACGUUCAUUCACGAACCGAAACACCACCAGGAAGAUCCCCCGGUACUGAAGUACAUCAAAAAUCAAGUACGUGACGUGUUUCAUGCUCCCAUAGCGUCGCUCGUCAAAGGCGCUGCCGUGCUGACUGAGGAACAGUUCGUUGAGGUCAUUCCGAUUGCGUGGGAACUGCUGCUGGAAACUGAUCAAGAAGUAUCCGCAGCUUCCGCGGCCUUGUUCAUACUGGCCUCGGUGAAGGCACCAAACACCGCUACGGACAUCAUGCAACGUUCGCUAAAGAACAAAUGUCCCAACACUCGUAUUCAGGCGAUUCUACGCUACCAGGUGCUGUGGAAAAAUCGAUUCCAGGUGUGGCCUCGGAUGGAAGAAGGCGCACAUCUUUCGUUCAAGGUACCUCCGCCCGGUAUUGAGUUUACGCUUCCAUCGCCAAAGAUUGGCAUUGAAAGCUUACCGGUGGUUGAUCCUCCCUGGAUGCCUCGUCAGCAAAAUAAAGAUAUGGAGGUCACAUUGAACCAGGAGCGACAUCGUUCAUUGGUUACGGCUACAAAAACGCGCAAGAAACAGCAAACGGAAGCGAUCCGCCAUGCGAUGCUACAGCAGGAAGACAAACAGCGUUCGGAACGACAGAGUUUCCUUAUCACUACGAUUCCCAUUACGCAGCAGGCAGCACACGAACCAGGACUAGAUCACGGACCUGCUGAGGACCAUGUCGAGGAAGAGGAGGACGGUACUAGGUCGGCUAUUCAUAUGCAUGCGGCGCAUUCUCUGUUUCCGUCGUGCUUGUGCUCGUCCGUGAUGCAGAUCGUGGCGUGUUUGGACGAUGCCGCCGUCAACUCGGACGGGUGUGCCGUAUAUGAAGUGGCUUAUCAGGUCAUCUGGAUAUGUCUCGUAGAAGAUUCAGCCCUGUUUUUGCGAUACGUGCUCGAACGCUUAACUCGCGAUCAUCAGGAUCAGAUGUUUAAGUUACUAAGACACCUGAUCCGGUUCGUGCCGAGAUUGCCUCAGCAGGCGGCAUUCGCACUAUACAACUACAUCAUAGGUUACGUGAUGUUUUACGUACGAUCGACGCAUGAAUGCAGUCAACAGUUGGUAGGAUCCGCUUUAUCCGUGCUUUGGAUGGUAGUGCACAGCGUGCACGGAAUAAUGUUUAAGGACCUGAAACAGAUUCUGCGCAAAGAGCAGUGUGAUGCAUCAAUCCUACUAACAGCGAAUGUGCCCUCCGCCAAGAAAAUCAUCGUUCACGGACCGGAAGAUGAAGGAGGAAUACCGUCUCAGUUCCCAGUACAAGAAGACACACAGUUCUCUCAACUGCUCAGCGAGUCGUUGGACUUUUUCGGCAUCGAUGAGAAGAAGCACGCACAGCACGUGCUGGUAGACUACAAGAGCCACCAAAUUCUGAACCCGAACUGGUACGUGCGCGAUCUUUACUUCUUCAAACGGUCACAGUAUCCACAAUUGCGGCUGGUGGAGAUGAAAACUGAGGAAUCGUUCAAUGCGCUGCAGCGUCAAGAAUUGUGUAAAAAAUUCGUCGAGAUCGGGAAGGUCCAUCUGACCUGGGCCAUUCUGAAGAACGUAGACAUGGUCGUGCAGCGGGUAGUGUUCCUGCACGAAGAGCUCAUGAAGCUGCCAUCAUUCCCGCGUAAAGCGUUGGAGGUCGAUCUAGAUUUGCAUCAGGGCGGUGAACUCGGCAAAGAACUGCUCGGACUGGAUGUGCUGCACAAGUUCAUGUGGGUACGGUUGAUAGCGCGCAUGUUCGAAGCGAUGGCUGGUAACUUUGCCUAUUCGGCCGAUAUUCAACUGUUUCUGAAUGUGCUGUCCGGGGCCGCUCUGCUACAUUCGGAAGAUUCGUGCAUCAUGCGCUACGUCACGGCCACCUUCAUUAAUGCAGCGUCAAACUUUAAGAAUAUUUUCUCCACCAACGGGUACUUCAUGAUCAUGCCGGCCAUGUUGCAGGUGUACUCGCUUCAUCAAACGAACAAGCUCGUCACAACCACGAUCGAGUAUGCGGUGAAACAGUUCUAUCUUCUGAACCGGAAACCCUUCAUACUGCAAAUGUUUGGUUCCGUGUCGGCCAUUCUCGACACGGAUGAGAACGGUACGUACGGGGAGGCACAUAAGGUGCAGUCGAGCUGUUUGUUCAAUCUGUUGCUUAGCCUGGAGACACCAUCGCCGGAUCCGCUCAACAUAGCGGAGUUGGUCAAAGAACCAAAGCCACUCAAGGCGAUCGAUUUCUGCUACCAUGAUGAAGAUGAGAUGGUGACGGUGUUGGAUUGCAUUACACUUUGCGUGAUGGUUGUGUCCUAUUCCGCUGAAAGUACACGCGGUUAUCAGAUGUUGAUCAUUUUGGAAGCCAUUUUGCCGUGCUACAUGCAGCAGAUUCAAUCCUCUUCGUACAUUCCACUGGAAGGGAAAUGUGAACGGGAUAUUAUUCUGCAACUUGCCGUGACGAUUCGCACCAUGGUGCACAAUUGUGAGGGUUUAUCGAAGAGCUACAAUGGUCCCUUCCGUAAUAGCCCCGAGCACAAGGGAUCCAGCCAGCGGAACUGUUCCCGAGGUCCUCCAUGCUCUCCGGGGCUAGAUUAUGACGAUGAGUCGCACGCGAAGUACGUCAGCGAUAUCGGACGCUCGAAGAUGCUGAACGAAUCGGUCGAUGAUUCGGAAACGAUACGUGAAUACCGACGUCCGCGUGACGUCCUGCUCUCGGUGGUGGGUGAGUUCAUUAUACAAGCCUCAACCAGACUUGCCGAACUAGCUCGCAAACAGGGAGAACCCAAACCGAUGGAAUUGCUCGACGUAAAGUGUCAUGUUCGUUUAGCCGAAAUAGCACACUCACUGCUGAAGGUGUCACCGUACGAUCGCGAAUCGAUGGCAUGCCGCGGAUUGCAGCGUUACAUGCUGUGCAUCUUUCCGCGGGCCGAAUGGGCCGAUGACCACGGCAUGAAACCAACGCUCGUUACCAUUUUGCGCCGGCUGGAUAAGGUGUUCCUGAAGAUAUCGAAAAAGUCAUCGGUACGUCGGAACACCAACUGGGAGGCAGCUGCCGGUUUACUGAAGGGAGUUUCCGAAGCCAUCAUUCGCUAUCCACACAUCCUGCACUGGCGCGAAAUGAAAGCACUGCUGACGAAUGUGCAGAAUCUGAUCGUGAACGAGCCGGGCAACUUUCCCGAAGGUGUAUCCGGUGCGGGUGCCGCCCUUAUGUCGAAAAGUCCACCGGCAUUCUUCUGCUCGAACGUGGUACGGCUAGUAGCACUGCAGGUGGUCAGUCCGAUCGAUUCUAUCUCACACGGGCUGGAGCAAAUUUGUGGCGGUAGUGCCGAUUUCCCGACGCAGGAAAAGGCAGAAAGCUUCCUGAUGCAUCUGCUGAUGCCACUCUGUCUGAAGGUUUGCAGCGGUCGGGGUAUUUUUGAUGUGGGCGAACUGAAGCAGUCGGACAUCUCGUUUCUGGUGACGGCCGUUCUGAACGCCAUGAGUCCAGUGGCGGGACGUACGACACAGAUGGGUAUGCAGACGAACCGCACUGGAGCGGAUUUGCGUGCAGGAUCGCUAACGUUCACUGGCAGCAGGGACGCAAAAAGACCGUCGAAAAUUUCCAGCUCACUAUAUCAGGCCACCUUUCUGGCACUGCGUGUGCUGUGCAUUUGUUUCGAAACACGGCUUUCGAACGAAUGGCCACGGAUUGCGCGGGUAAUGCGUGAUCUAGGGCGCCGCAAUGAAGCGGCACCAGAGUUGUGGAGUUUCUUGGAGUUUGUUGUCACUCAGCGGACCCCGCUGUAUAUCGUACUAAUGCCAUUCAUUAUGCACAAGAUCUCGCAACCCCCUAUCGGAGAUCAUGAGCGGCAUAUGCAGUUUUUGAUACGAGAACGAAUGCGUGGCACCCAACCGACGGGUGGUACUAAAUCCCGUGGUGCUAUUUUGCUGGAACUUUCGCGCGAGUUGCGCGAACUGAGAGAGGAGCUGGAAACGAGACGAUAUGAUCGGGACAUGUCUACGGAAACGUCUAAACGUGAUAUUCCCAAUAUUCCACCCGCACCGGAACAGCAACCGGUACGCCAUCAGCAGCGUCCAUCGCUUAUAUCGAUGCUGACCGGUGUACAGCCGCCGGGUGGUUUUCCUGCCUCACUUCAGCAACAGCAGCAGCAGGCAGAUGCGCGAAGUGGUACCGGUAUCUGUACCUCCAGCGAUACCCUAUCCCAGCAGACCCUUCAAGCUCCCAAGGGUGAGUCCCUGUCCAGCUCUACAACCACAACCAAUCGUGAUGCAGGGCUGUUGGCUGACUCCCAGAGUGCCGAUCUGACGCUGACCUCAUGCACCUUAGCCGAUGCAGGCUCGGUAGAUCUACAGGCUACCCCUGUCGGUCGGGAAGGACCCAACAUAGGGGGUAGCAUUCCGCACCUGUCACACUCCGUCUCGCUGCAGGCGUCCGGUGUGAAGACCCAACCACCCCGAUUGCGUUUCGUAUCGUCGGUCGAGUUUAAAACUUCUUCCGGGGAAACAUCAACCACACCGCUCUCGCCCGACAGUCUGGCAGACGACAGUUCCGGCGAGAAUCACAACAAACAUCGGCUGCAACGAUCGCGCGCUCAGAGCCGUAAAACGUUUCGGAAUCGGCGUGGCAUGCGGUCGAACAAUUUUAACGAAACCAGCUACAUACCCACCGUUACUGGAGGUGCCGGUCUAUCAAUGGUUGGACCAUCGGUUCCCGGUACCGGUGGUGUUGGUGUGAUACCGGGAGUUAUGCCCGGGUCAGUCAUUCCCGGUGGAGGACCUUCGGCGAUGCCACCGAUCGUCAAUGAACCACCGUACGUGGAACCGCUGAAUCGUGCCAUUGCCACGCUUGGUGAUCUUAGCUGGGAUUCGGUUUCGCAAACGUCUUCCACAUCCGGGUAUCGCGAUAACUACAGUCUGCAAACUGGACUGCUCUCGCCGGACGGUUCACUGUCGGGGAAUGCUAUGGGCGGACGCUCUUCAUCGCAGCAUUCGCUGCUGAUGCUGUUUGAAACGCAGGAUGAAGAUACACUCAUUUAAAUUUGCUAACCCACCCAAACGAGGAUCACGAUCUGGCGGAGAACGCGAUCCUUUUUUAUUACUUUUACCCUAUUGCUAGAUCUUUGCAGUGGACGGCACUGAAAUAAAACACAAAAAUUUUAUCGAUAAUGAAAGGCUGCUGGUCAAUGUGACCAUGUUGCAAUCUCCCGGGAAUGUGCCGGGUAGAUUCGAUGAACCGAUUACGGAUAUAGGAAAAUACGUGUUAACAAAAGUGAAACGAAUAACUUUUUAAAUGCACUUAUAGUUAAUCGCCACACGACACAUCGUUUUGUUGUUCCGAAUGGCAUCGCCAUACGCGGUGUACUAACUUCUCGGGCGACACUAACAAGUCAAACAAACAAACACAACAAUUACACAACCUAGUGACUAAGUACGUCCAUAGAGUAGCAGUCUGUGAAGAUUCAUGUUAACGUUUGUAGUCUGAUAGAAGUGAGAUUGAUCAGGAAAGGGAAAUGUUGUGUAAUUUGGACAACAACAUUGUUUAUUAACAGCAUAUACAAUAGUGUGUGAAUUUAUGUGUGUAAGUUGUUGGAAUGUUUGCCAAAAUGUAUCAGUAUUACAAAGCUGCACACUAACGUGUACCCCCGUGUACACGCUCGCCUCGCCCGUUUUGAGGUUCUGUGGGAGAUCUUGGCUGUACUAAUUUGCGAGAUCGAUGUGUAACGAUCGGUUUGAUGUUUAAAUUUGUAACGUAAGUUGUUAAAAUGGAUGGAGAUCACUAUCAGUAUGGUGGUGAUGGGAGGUAGUGGGGUACAUGUUACACGUUAGUUGUUAAUCCUACAUCCAAUCAGUAUUUUAAAAACAAAGCAAACGAAUGAUAACCAAUAUGAUAAAGAAAACACUGCAAACCGUAUCCACCAGUGCAAGGCACAUGCAACAGUUUUACUUAGUUGUAUUUUACACGAAAGCAACCAGAAGCCAUAAUGGAUGUACUUGUGACAUUCUUUGUAGUUGAUUAGAUUUUAACGAAACACAAGAAUUAGGAUUUUUCCGAGCAUGGAAGAGAGAACAUAAGGUCAACAGUAUGGUUCGUUAGCAAUCAUACAUAUCCCACCCAGAGGCAAGCCGGCAUACGUAUGGCCACAUUUUUACCAGUUUGAGAACGAAAACACACGCGUGUGUAGUUGUAUGGAAAAUGCGAAGAAACUAAAUGGCUUGUAGGUUGAGAACCUUCCGAUAGAUGGCGCAAAAUAGUAAACGAAUUGUAUGGAAGUGGUUUUUAGUAGUAGUGCCCCACUGUGGAUGUUUUCAAUGGGAUUUUUGUUAUGUUGUUUUGUACGAGUAAUAUUUAUAUAUAUACAGAUACACACUCAUACACAAAUUCACACACACGGUAUACACAUAAAGAUGAUAUAUGUAUAUUGAUUAGUUGUUUCAAAUGGUAGACUUUUUCUACAAGAGGUGUAUUUUGUUGUUCACACGUUAAUCCUUUUGAGCAUUAUUCAUGGUUGAUAGAUUUUAGCUUACUUUUUUAAGUGUGAAAAUAGAACCGAGUGUAGUGUGGAUAGCCAUGAACACGAAGGUAACAGAAAGAUAACAAUCAAUCAAUACGUUCAAGACAGCAAACCUCUUGGCGACUGCGGAGAGGCAAUAUACUGGUCAGCUUAGAGUUCGGUGUUCGGUUGAACUAGUUAAAACAGUAAAAGAGGUUUCAAUUUCCAAUUCAAGCCAACGGCAGAGACGGCAUCCCACCCCUAAGUAUUCGUUGUCUCUUAAGUCGCAUAUGGCAUCCUCUUUUCACUUUUCUAAUCGAAAGGAUUUUGUUUCAAGUAUUCAAAAGUUAUUUCAGGAAUAGUUGUAUAACCUGUAGCAAAAACAAUUCGCCUAUUUUCUUCACAACCACCAAUCUAAAACUGAUCCAGCUAUCUGCCAAUCGUUUUCGCAAAAGAAGUGUUUUGCGGCAGUACAUACUUAAAGUAUUUUAAUAGACAAAUCAAUUGAAACGACUGUUAGCUGAAACUAUGAUAAACAUUCAACAUUAGAAGAAAACACGAUAGGUACAGCAUUGCCCAGUCCAUAGGAAAUCAUACAUCGAUCACUUAUUAUAGAAAACCGUUCGUGCAGAGGAAGUUAACGAUAGAAAAGCGGGAAAGAUUGAUCUUCGUUUUCGUGUGUGUUUUUUUUAUAGGAAAUGUUACGAAUUGAAUGAUAAAUACCAUUUUACGUGUUUUAAAUAAGCAAGCUAACGCAACCAGGCAAAACGGUAUUGCGCGUAUUUCAGGAGGUGCCACAACUAUAAACCAUUGCUAAACAGCCAAUAUAUAACCUUUAUACACAGCUUAACUAGCGUUUGCGGGCCUGUCAUAUAUGUAUUCCUCAGUAAUGAGCGCCCUUGGAUGGGACAGACAGAAAUGCACCAUGACUCUCCCCCCCUUACACACACACACAUUCGUCUAGGAGCAUAAUACGCUAUCCGUGUAACUUGUUGCCGUUGAUGUCGUUGAUUAAUAGAUAGAUAGUUAACCAGCUAAGCUAGUCGGUUGAGAAUAGGCAACUGUAACCGGGCUUGCAGUGUAACGCAACUGCCAAGCUUGGGAUAUCUAUAGACGCAGCACCCUAGGAAGAUAGUCUGAUGUGAAUGUGAUAGUUGCAUUGUUGUCUGUGGCUUUUUAAAACCAAAUCUGUCCGAAAUGGUAGUCAAUCCGAGUAAAGGAACCACAAGUAAAGGACACACAAGUAAAUAAAUUGCCAAUUUAACCUAAAAGAGUAAA